UAUUUCCACUCAGGCAGUGCAGACGGUUACCCCGAAGGGUCCUGAACAUCACACACAUACACACGUGUGCUGCGCUCCGUAACCAUGGCGGACCUACAGAUGAAGCUUCUCCGGAAGAAAAUUCAGAAAAGAAACGAGAAGAACAAGGAGCGAAAACUACUCAGACAGACAGAAGAGAAAGAAACAGUAAAAUCAAAUGGAGUUGAGGAGGAAUGUGAGGGAACAGCAUCUGCAUGUAAGACAGAUAAGAAGCCCAAGAAAAUACAGAAGAAGCCGACUGAAGAACCAUCUAAGGGGACCACGACAGAGGAAACGUCUCUGAAGAAGAAAAAGAAGAAAAGAAAACUGGCAGACACCUCCGAGUCACCAGCUGAGAAGAAGACCAAAACACUGAAGGAAGAAGAAGACGAAGAGGAGGAGGAGGAGGAGGGAGCAGCAGUAGCAGAUGAAGAUGGAGAUCAGGCUGAUGUUAAACUAGAGGGAGCUUCAGAUGAUGAUGAGGAGGAGGAUGAUGAUGAGGAGGAGGAGGGUGAGGAUGAUGAUGAUGAUGAGGAGGAGGAGGAGGGUGAUGAGGAGGAGGAAGAUGAAGAUGACAAACCCAAAGAGGGAGAUGAUGAGGAGGAAGAUCAACCUGAAUUACCCGUUGGCUUAACAGGAGCAUUUGAGGACACGUCCUUCGCUUCUCUAGCUGAGCUGGUGAGUGAGCACACGCUGAAAGCGGUGAAGGGGAUGGGCUUCGAGCACAUGACUGAGAUCCAGCACAAAAGUAUCCGCCCCCUGCUGGAGGGGAGGGACGUUCUGGCUGCUGCCAAGACAGGAAGUGGUAAAACGUUGGCCUUCCUCAUCCCGUCUAUAGAGCUCAUCUACAAACUCAGGUUCAUGCCCAGAAACGGUACCGGUGUCGUGAUCCUUUCACCCACGCGUGAGUUGGCGAUGCAGACGUACGGUGUGAUGAAGGAGCUGAUGCAGUACCACGUGCACACCUAUGGUCUGAUCAUGGGGGGCAGCAACCGCUCAGCUGAGGCCCAAAAACUGGCCAAUGGCGUCAACAUCCUGGUGGCCACACCUGGUCGUCUGCUGGACCACCUCCAGAAUACGGCUGGAUUCAUGUACAAGAACCUGCAGUGUCUGAUUAUCGAUGAGGCCGACAGAAUCUUAGAGGUCGGCUUCGAGGAGGAGCUGAAGCAGAUCAUCAAACUGCUGCCGAAGAAGAGACAGACCAUGCUGUUUUCAGCCACUCAGACCCGUAAGGUGGAGGACUUGGCUCGUAUCUCCCUGAAGAAAGAGCCUCUGUACGUCGGCGUGGACGACAACAAAGACAGCGCCACCGUUGACGGCCUGGAGCAGGGCUAUGUGGUGUGUCCGUCAGAGAAGCGCUUCCUGCUGCUCUUCACCUUCCUGAAGAAGAACAGGAAGAAGAAGCUGAUGGUGUUCUUCUCUUCCUGUAUGUCUGUGAAGUAUCACUACGAGCUGCUCAACUACAUCGACCUGCCCGUCAUGGCGAUCCACGGCAAGCAGAAGCAGACCAAACGUACCACCACCUUCUUCCAGUUCUGUAACGCCGACUCAGGCAUCCUGCUGUGUACUGACGUGGCGGCUCGAGGGCUCGACAUCCCCGAGGUGGACUGGAUCGUCCAGUACGACCCUCCAGAUGACCCCAAGGAGUACAUCCACAGGGUGGGCAGGACGGCCAGAGGCAUCAACGGCCGAGGCCACGCGCUCCUGAUCCUCCGACCAGAAGAGCUCGGCUUCCUCCGCUACCUGAAACAGGCCAAGGUUCCUCUGAGCGAGUUUGAUUUUUCUUGGAGUAAAAUCUCCGAUAUCCAGUCCCAGCUGGAGAAGCUGAUUGAGAAGAACUACUAUCUCCACAAGUCGGCGCAGGAGGCCUACAAGUCCUACGUGAGGGCUUACGACUCCCACUCGCUCAAACAGAUCUACAGCGUCAACACCCUCAACCUCCCCAUGGUGGCGCUGUCGUUCGGCUUCAAAGUGCCUCCAUACGUCGACCUGAACGUCAACAGCAGCAGAGGUGUGAAGAUUCAGAAGCGCGGCGGUGGAGGAGGGUUCGGAUACCAGAAGUCCAACAAAGGACACAAGUCCAAAUUCUUUAAGCACGUCAACAAAGGCGGGAAGGGAGACAAGCGGCAGUUCUCCCGCUGAACCGUUGCAGCAAAAUAAAUCCUGGACUGAUUCCUCGUCUGUGUAUCUGAAGAACUUUUUAUUACAUGAACUUCCUGUUUGGAGCCGGGUGUUACGUCACGUGUCCCUCUGACAUCAUAAGACCCCCCAUCAUGUAAAUGUUGAAGAAUUCCUCGUGUUGACGUCACGUUCAACAGAAAUGCUCGAUUUUCUUCAUUUCACCUGCCCGGAUUAUUACAUCUAUUGACUUUAUGUACAUUCAGUUUGCUUCGUUCAUGUUCUGUAGACUUUUCUAAUUACAGUCACUUGAUUUUAAACCAUG